AUGGCCUCUUUCGUGACACCGGAUGACAUGCCAGGCAUUCGGAACAUGGAAGUUCGAGAAGAUGACGUCAUUCUGACGACCUACCCGAAAUCCGGCAUCCCUUUCUCAAGCCAAGACCGCUUCGAACAAUCAUCCCAAUUGCUAGAGAAUCCUGCUUGGAUUCGAGGUGUAGGCAAAUCAUAUGAACACGUCGCUACAAUGCCUUCCCCACGGUUGUACAAGACGCAUCUACCGAUUAAGUUCUUACCAAAACAAAUAUGGGAGAAGAAACCAAAAAUUGUAUAUCUAGCCCGCAACCCAAAAGACUGUCUAGUGUCAAACUAUAACAUCUUCAAGUCUGAUAUCCAUCCGUUAGAAUGGAAUGAGGCCUUCGACUUUUUCAUCUCAGAUGAGAUCAAUUAUGGCUCGAUAUGGGAUCACCAGUAUGGCUUUUGGAAACAUCGCAAUGAUGACAACUUUCUCUACGUUGAUUUUGCGGACAUGAAAAAGGGUGGAUCACUCUCUUCAGCGAUUACUGAAGUCACUCGACUUUCCUCGCUCAAGGAAAUGAAAGCCAUCUACGCCAGACUUGAAGACGAGCUAGGCGACAAAGGAAAGCUACUCACCCAUGCUGCUGGUAUACUACCACUACUUUACCAAGGUACUGUCGGUGGAUGGAAAAAUAUCUUCACUGUGGCUCAGAAUGAAACAUUUCAGAAGCAUCAAGAGAUGAUUAUUAAAGACUUUGAUGAGGAGUUCAGAAAAAAGCUCAAUACUGGAUAGACUGAGAAAACAAUUGAUGAAGGGAGCAAGAUAAAGUAAAGGAUAAAGAAAAGGUUUACCGUCUUUUGUUUGCCGUAGGCUCAGAAAAAAGGACUCAAUGGAUAUCGCACUUCAACGAUUUAUAAAUUGAGGAUUACGGUUUACUAAUGUAUAUCUGUGUAAUCGGUUUGCCUUACACCGCUGGUCUGGUGACCGAGGAGUGGGGUCUUUUUUCGGCCAUGAUCCUAAAGCUGUUCGUAAGUUAUACCCCCGUCACACUUAUUCGGAAUCAGCAGGAAUCGAGCAGAACCAGCCGGAAUGAAGAACUUUCAAAAUUCGUGCCACAUUCGGGAGGAAUUUGAAAUUUUCACUACUUUUGCAAAAAUGUCGUUCGAAUACUUAGAACGUCCUUUGAUCCCGCCUCGAAUGAUUCUUGCACAUUCCGGGUGUAUUGACUGUCGAAUGCAGCUCGAAUACAGUCGGAACACAUGAAGGAUAUUAAGAAUGCUGUUAGAAUGCAGCAAGAAUAUUUAGAAUGCAGUCAGAAUGCACUUCGAAUGUCGUUCGAUAUUUCUCCACUUCGAAUGCACUUCGAAAGUUUUGAACAUGCAUGAGCAAAACAUUCGGGCCGGUCACAAGAAUGGACCCGAAUGUUUGGAAUGCACUCAGAAUGCAGUCAGAAUUUUUAGAAUGCGCUUCGAAUAUCCAGGAAUGUACCAAGAAUUUUCAUUCCGCCUCUAGUGUGACGGGGGUUUUACUGUAAGAGCAAUUUUAAGAACGACUGCUGAUCCUUUCUUGUGGUAAAUGGUAUACACCAAAAUGUUCAUUGGUGAUUAUUUAGCGCAUAAGAAAGGAUCACCAGUCGUUCUUAAAGUCGCUCUUAACUUACGAACCCUUACGUACAGCUUAAUGAACACCCCCAUGAAAGAUUUAACAAGUCUUCACUUACAUACAGUUAGCCCUUCAAGUAUCCUUCAGGGGAGUUUCUCAUGAAAGGACUUGCGCCGGACGUUUCAUCCAAGUUACCAUAGUAACAGUGCUUCUCAGCCAAUCAAAAUGAAGGAAAGCUGUCAAAUUCCUCAACUUGUCGGACAAAGUGUUGAUGAAAACCUCCCCACUGAUUUCCAGUUAACUUUGUUAUAUUCACAACUGCAUUAUGCAUUGCUUGUUUAUUCAGUGUGUGAGGGUGUGUGUGUGGGAGGGUGGGGGUGGUCAUUAGCUAAAACGUUUGAAAUCUUUUGUAAUGUCUUUGAAUGUGUAUGAUGAGAUGGAAAUUAACACUGAAAUGGUUUGAAACCCAAUAAAAAUUUUGAACAGAAAGCUCUAGGUAGUUGGGGGAGAGGGUGGGGGACUGAAAUCGCUCAAUUCCACUCUUACUCUCAGAAUAUAGCAUUUCGUCGAGGGCUCGCAGAAGGGCGUUAACGCACGCAAGCCCUGGAAAACACCCUUUCACAACGCGUGAUUACGUCAUUAGUACGUCAUUGUAGGCAAUUACAGUUGUACCAAAUGAAAGAGCUAUCAAAACUCUGUCAUACAGCACUAAAAACCAAAAAAAAAAACAAUUUUUCGGUAGAAAAUCAAGCUAACGCCCUUUGCCAGCCAUGCGACGAUUUCAGUAAUCCAAGAAGCUGAAUAUCAAAAGGAUUAUUACCAAGAUUAGCACAUAUGAAAGUUUUUUUAUAAUAGCAAUUUUCUACAAACUGGAAUUAUUAUGCCUUUACCAGCAUAUUUCACAUAGCACCCUGCAAAUCGCAUCAGGGGGAGUGGUAUGUCAUAUCUCUUUCUCUCUAUCACUCAUUUUCUUUGUUUUUGGCUCCUUCUCCUUAUAAAUGCCAAAACGUCGAAAGAUUGAAGCAUACCGGUAAAUUAUUUAUUAGUUCACAAUGAAAUUUUGAAUUACAUGUACAUCACCAGAAUAAUUAUCCCUCAAAACCAAGAAAGCAGGCAAUAUGAUGAUUAUGAUGGCUUCAUAAAGUUCAUUAAAAGAAAGAAAAAAUACAAAGAUGGUAUUUCAUAUUUUGUCAGCAUUUAUUUUCAAAUUCAAUAUGACAUAAAAUUAGUAUCAUGAAUACAAUUUUGAGUACAAUAAUGCAUUCUCAAAUAAAUGUUUUAUUACAGGAUCUUGAAGAAAUAUAUCAGACUGUAAGGAAUAGUAAGGCUAAAUAUGAAUUACGAAUAUAAAUAUCUUUAUCAAUGGUGUGUUUCAAUAGACUUUGAUGAAAAUAAAUACAUUCAUGCC